AUGAUGUGUGCCAUUAGAUGUUUUUCAGAGGAGAAAUGCUGUUUAGCAAGUUAUGAUCCCUCAACUUCUACUUGUCGUCUUGAUACGUCUGAGAACUGUUGUGUUGACAUGGAGAUUGUUGACGGAUGGGAAACUUUCAAAACAGAUAAGUAUGAAACGGCGUGCACUGGUUGUAUCAGCUACGGGAUGUCAUCUUACAAAUUUUCUAGAGAUUAUAAAUCCUGGAAUGGCGCUAAGAUAAGCUGUGUGUGCUUCGGAGGUAAAUUCUUAGAGACUGAAACCACAGAGGAAAACAAUUUCAUAAAAGCUGAACUCGUUACCAGGAAUACAGGAAUCAAUGGCUACUGGCUAGGAGGUUACAAUUUCAACAAGAACGGAAUUUUUGAAUGGAUCAGUAAUCCUGGGCAACCUAUGACAUAUAGUGACAUGCACUCAAGUCAACCAAACUCUCCGACUACAGAGCUUUGUCUUAUAUACUGGAAGGAUUUUGGAUAUGCUUGGGGUGAUGAGAGAAUUGUGAUAAAUGAAGGAUCAUUCUCGGUUGUUAACAAAAAUAGGAUCGUAGUUAGUGAAUUCACUACAGACCAGGUUGUUUCCACAAAAAUGCUGUGUGCCAUUAGAUGUGUUUCAGAGGAGAAAUGCUGUGUAGCAAGUUAUGAUCUAUCAUCUUCUACUUGUCGUCUUGAUACGUCUGAGAACUGUUGUGUUGUCAUGGAGAUUGUUGACGGAUGGGAAACUUUCAAAACAAAUAAGUAUGAAACACCAUGCACUGGUUGCAUCAGAUAUGGGACGUCAUCUUACAAGUUAUCUGAGGAUAAUAAAUCCUGGAAUGACGCUAAGAUAAGCUGUUUGUGCUUGGGAGGUAAAUUCCUUGAGGCUGAAACGACAGAGGAAAACAAUUUUAUUAAAGCUGAACUCAAUACGAUAAAUACAGGAAUCAACGGGUACUGGCUAGGAGGUUAUAGUUUCAACAAGAAUGGAAUUUUUAAAUGGAUCAGUAAUCCUGGGCAACUUAUGACAUAUAGUGACAUGCACCAUAAUCAACCAAAUAAGCCGACUACAGAGCUUUGUCUUGUAUACUGGAGGGCAUUUGGAUAUGUUUGGGGUGAUUUUACUUGUAGCGAAAAAUUACCUUACGUGUGCGAAUUUGUUAAAACAUAA